AUUUUAAGUAUUAUUUUGAUUUUGAUUUUUGAGUUUCAUACUGAAUUACACAUAUAACUCGAUCUUGAAAAGAUUUAAUAUUAAAAAUUCAUAACAUGAUGUAUUACACAUUUUGAAUACCAUUACAACUUUAAACUAUUUUUUUUGACGUAUUUAAAAUUGAGUACCUACAAAAUACAAAUUCAAUUUCAAUAAAUCAAAUCAAUGUAAGUGUGAAUAUUUUAAAGUACAUUCUAAACAAAACUAAAUUAUCAAAUGGCUAAAAUUAUAUACAUUAAAUUUUGCACUUUGACCAACCCCAAAUAGUUAUGACAAAGGCAAAGGAGAAGAAGAUUAAAUUGUUUACUUAUAUUAAAUUCAAAUAUUUAAAUUGUUGAAUAGAUAUUUUAUAAUUAGUUUUAAAAUAAAGAGUUGAUUUCCGGCUUUUGGGAUUGAAGAGAAAUAAGCGAAAAAACAACCAAGUCCAUAUCACAUUGAAAUGGUGUACGAAACAAGGUUUCACAUAUCUUAAAGCUCAGUAUUAAAAUUUGAAUGAUUCUUGUUAUUAUUUAAUAUUAUUAAAACAAUUUUUUUAGUAAUUUUUAGGGUAACAAACAUAUAAAUUCAAUACGUAUAUACAUUAUAAAUAUCCAAUUAUAUUUCUAUAAAGUAUACUAAACAAGUCAUUGGUAUUUAUGUCAUAUUAAACAAAAUUAUAUUUGUCCUUAAUUUAAAUAAAAUAAAAUAAAUAUUAUGUACUGUAUUUUGUAUUCUUAAUAAAUUGUUUUAUUUAUUUUUUAGUGUACACAAUGUUAACUCCUUGUUUUGAAUUGGAUCAAACCGAUGAGUAUCUAAUUAUCAAGAUUAAAGCAAGAUUUGCUAAUUUGAAUGAAACAGAAGUUGAUGUAAAUGGUACUGAUUUCAUAUUUUACUCCUCGCCAUAUUAUUUACGGCUGCAUUUACCUGGUGAAAUAGCAGAAACUGACUCUUCAUCUGGAUCUUAUGACUGGGAUUCAUACAUUUUUACCUUUACGUUAAAUAAAGUCAACCCAGGAGAACACUUUCAAGAUUUGCAUCUUAUAAAUAAAUUUCUGCCACCCAAGAAAUCUUCUAACAUUAAUCCAUCUAUUGAAAUUUUAAACCAAAAUUCUAAUACUGAUAAUGAUGAUGACAGUGAUAUAGAUUGUGACUUUUUGCAAAAACCAUUAUCAAUAGAAGAUUCUAUUACCAUGAAAUUUGGUUUUGGCAACCAAAAUCAAAAUGUAUUUGCUAGUUUUAAUGAUGAAUUUUUUGAAAUUGUUGAUAUUAAAAAUGCUAAUGAUUUAAAUUCUAAUGAAAGAAAGUCAUUGCAAGUUACAAAAGAAAUUUCUGAUUUUUGUGAUGAUCAUUACUUGGCGGAUUUAAUGACGCCACCAGAUGAAUUGCAGGAUAUAUUAAAAUUUAAACCAUUUUGGUUUGACACCCAAUGUUCUUUAAAUGAUUCGCAUAAAAGUGUGUUAAAAUCAUUUGGAAAUAAGGAAUACUUAUUAAAUAAAGCAGAUAAAAAAUCAACCUUGCUCUCAUUGGUUGAUAUCAUAUAUGCAUAUUGUUAUAAUAUAAGAAUAAAUUUGGGAGAAGAAAAUGCUGAAUCAGCUUGGUUAGUCAAUAAACUGUCUUCCACUCUUUCUUGGUUUCGUAAUUUUGACACAUUUGACGAAGUAGUUGAGUCGUGUGUCAGACGAAGUUUAUGCUAUCCUCUGUACAGAGUAUGGGAAUUAGGUACUUUAAUUCUUUGUGAUGUACGUAAAGUAUUUGAAAACGGAUGUGUUUGUUUACUUAUUUGUUUAUUAGAUAUAUAUAAAAUGUUUAACUCAAGUGAACCCAGAUAUGUAUUGAACCAACUGUACAUUAAGGAUUAUUGUAUAUGGAUUCAGCAGUUAAAGAGUACACAUUUUGAUACUGUUUCAAAACUUUUUGAUGGUAAUAAAAUUGAAAAGGGACAAUUAAAAUUAGAUUUAGAAGAACUGGAAGUGGCCGCAAUGAGUGUUGAUGAAGACAUGAAUAUUUUGGAACAAACCCUAAAUGUUAAUUAUGAUAUUGAAUCUAAACUACAACAAUUAGAAAUAUCAAGUACUGAAAGUAGUGAAAGUAGUUUAGAUUCUGAUGAUGAUGAAGAAGAAUCAUAAAAUUGGUUUUUUUUUUUAAUUUAAUGUAUUUUAUUAAAAUAUUUAAUGUAAAUUUGAGCUAUAUAUUUUUAUGGUAACAACAAAUAUUAAAUACACACUUAAAUUAUUAUUUAUAUCUUCCUUUUAUUUAAAGGUUAUAUAUUUAAAAAUUUAAAUUCUGAUUCCCAAU